UUCAUAAAAUCUUCAUACUUUUUCCUACUGAAAUUUGAAAGAUUUCUAAUUAGAAAGUAGUUUUCACUUCUCAUAACAAAUAUGAAGUCCGCUUCGUUUACACGUUCCAUGAUAAUCAUGGCCAUCUUUGCAUCAUUUGCAUCAGUUGCAAUUGCCAUUUCCGGACAGGCCACAUAUUACACCGUAUAUGUUCCAUCGUCAUGCUAUGGUUUUGACAACCAAGGUACUAUGAUAGCAGCCGCAAGUGCAGAUAUCUUCCAAAAUAGGGCAGCUUGUGGUAGGUCGUACCGUGUCACAUGUGUUAGUGGCACCAACCAAGGUGUACCCCAACCUUGCCGAGGUGGUAGUGUUACCGUCAGAGUUGUAGACCUUUGCCCCGGUUGCUCAGCAAAUGGCCUUGAUCUUUCCCAAGAAGCCUUUUCCAUGAUCGCCGACCCUAACGCCGGUAGAAUUAACAUUGAAUUCACCCCGGUUUGAAGAAUUCAAACACAACAAGGAGAACUGAUGGCGAAUAAAUAAUGUUACUAUAUGACUUGUAUAUUGAUUAUUAAAAUAAGUUGUGUCCGUGUGACAUUUAACUCGAGAUUGAGGUAGUACUUUUUAUAAGUAAUCAAGUAAUAAGUGUACUGGAAUAUAUGAUUAUCUCAUGAACUUUGGUGCAUAUUACCAAAUUGGUUCUUAUGUGGUAUUUUAUAUUCCUAAGUAGAACGUUUUACAUUACAACUAUUAUAAAGAAUAAGAAUAAGACUUUCUAUUGAUGUAAA